AGCCAGCUCAAGUGCUUGGCCCGGCCACUUCUCAUGGGAUCGCUGGCCUUCCUUCUCGCGUUCCGGGCAGCGGGAGAGCUACCCUACCGACCACUUUGUCCUCCUUACCUGCUGGGUGACGAAACAGACAUCAAGGUCCAGUCCUCGCACCCAGAAGGUGGCCAGUGCGCGCUGGAGCAAGCAAGAAGCAGCUAUGCGAUUCAGUUGCGGGAUGCAGCCUUCGCCACGAAGAUGCUAUGGAUAGUGGCCACCCGCUACUAUGCUCCCCGGCGCUGGGAGGCAUACGCAUCACUGUUUGAGACCCUGACGCAACUCGAAUGCUUCGCCGCAUUCCGCGGUUGCUUCCCUGGCGGUGUGGAGCAAGAAGCUGUCACCGUACUUCCUGUUUGCAUUGCAUUCCGGCAGGAAGCGCAGACAGUCUUCAAAUUGGACGCAUACUUGCGUGAUGCCACCAUUCAGCUGGGAAAGGACUUCCUACGAAGUGAGGAGGACUUGAUUGCCCUCAAGCACCCCUGCUUCGAAACCGAUGACUUGGCAAACUUCGUCUCGCAUGAUAUGUUUCGGCGCCAGGCCCUGCUGCCAGCUUCCAACCUGUUCGGCAGCUACGAGGGCCCGCUGGAAGGCCUUCCUGGCUUGGAGAAUCCGCAGCUCCGGGCGUUUUGGAUGCCCAGGUGGACGGCGCCGGAGAUGCACACCUUUGGCGCGUGCUCGGCGAAGGGCUCUUUGAAGUGGUAUUCCUCUUUCGAGCCCCCGAUCAUUCCUGACAGCCUUCCAGCAGAGUGGGAGGCAAAGUGGGUGGCCAACCUGGGUGCUGGAGAUGGCACCUGCGCGCAAGACAUCGUCCGGCAGGACAACCUGGAGCGCGGCUUUCUGGGCUAUGCGGACCCUGCAAACUGCAUGGUGCGCAAGGGCUACGGCGGAGUUCUGUUUGAAGGAGACUCUCAGCACCAGCCUGCGCUGGAAGAGAUGCUUGUGAACCGCACGGACCUGGAGCUGGGCAUAGGCUUUGUGGACCCGCGGAUGGCGGCCCAGCGGAUCGCCGAAUUCCGGGACGCGCGCGCGCCGAAGAGCUCGCCCCAGCUGCUGAAGGUGGACGUGGACAACUGCGACUGCUGCUUUGUGGAGGCCAUCCUCGCGGCUGGCCUGCGGCCCCUCAUGAUCCACGUGGAGGUCAGCCCGCUGGUGCCCCCGCCCAUCAUCUACAGGCCAGCCGAGUUCAAUGCAGAUGUGGAGGAUUCCAUGGAGUCGCUCAGUGCUUCCGAGGGCCGGCCAGGCCACAUGCGCCACUGCUCCCUUUCUGCCUUUAUGGAGCUGCUGGAUGGCUUCGGGUACCAUCUCGUCUAUUUCGCGUACCACGAUGCCACGUUUGCACAGCGCAUUAUCCAGCCACCCGCGUGGCUGGUUGACCGUACAUCUUCGGAGAUUUGGAUGGGCGCGUAUUUCUGCCACCCUCUCCGAUGGGUGGAUCCCUUGGAAAUCCUGUACAAGGAGAAAUUCCUCUACGACUACAGGCAGUGGAGCGACUUGGCGGUGCCCGUGCCGGAGCGCCUGCGACGGGUGCAGCGGUACCUGGAUAACUGGCUGGUGCCAAGGAGCAGCUACCACUUGGGUGGCAUCUCCAGCCGGCGAUGUCGUUUCUGCACCCGUGCGCGGGCCAGAGGUGCUGCUAAGGUGCCCUUGCACCAGGGCCAGGUGGCUGGCGAAAAGGUUGCAGUCUUCUCGCAGAUCCGCGAUUGCGCAAACGUCAUCGAGAGCUUUGUGCGCCACUAUGCAGCCCUGGGGUUCUACCGCAUGUUGCUGUACCUGGAUGAUCCGGAGGAUUCAGCCGCAGCAGUCCUGCAGGAGAGUGGCUGGGUGCAGAAUGGCUUUGUGGAGCUGGUCGUGAUCAAUGACGCUCUGCGCGCGCAGUGGCCGUCAAUGCCUUCUUGGCGCCGCGUGGGCCAGUUUGCUAACAUGGAAGUGCAGAGCCGCCAGAUCCUGAACAACGAGCAUGCCCUUGUGCGCGCUCGUCAGUUGGGGGUGGACUGGCUUCUGCACGUGGACAGCGACGAGUUGCCCCGGAUCGCAGUGACAUGGCUCGCCUGCCGGGGGCUCGGGCGGCGAUGGCUGAGAGGGGCUCGGCUGGCUGCAUCCAAGGUCCAAGAGCAGGUGCUCCUGCGCCAUGCAAGACGGGCUGCCAGAUGGAGGGCCGACGACUCCCUUUUCAGCGCCCUGAACUUGGAUCUAGCCGCCUGGCCGCAGAAGGUGGACUUCAGGCGUCCCGAGCUGCGGCGGUCGCCUUUGAUCCCGAUGCUCAUGAAGCCCCGCGCAGCCAAAAAGGCCGCCGGGACCCUGGGCGCACUGGGCGAACUUUUCGCGAACUGCGUCAAGAUCCAGGACACGGACGAUCAGUCCACUGCACCUUCGGAAGAGGUUUCAUUUCACGAGAUGCGGCAGCAGCUCCUGAGCUUCCGGGUCUUCUCACAGGACCCUAUGGCCCGGCAGCAGUCGGAGCCGUGCCCCGCCCUCUCCAGCAAGCCCCUGAUGCGGCAGGUGUCAAUGAGGGAGCCGAGGAAUCGCAACCCCAAGAUGGCGCCACCUCCCAUGGCGGCUUGGCACCGGGGCACCGCCAGGAUGCCCUCCGCCAACGCCUACCGGAUGGCCAUGCCGCAGUCGGAGCUGGAGGCUUUGAAGCGGCAGGCGGGGUCGCGGACGGACACGCGACGGCGGGUGGGGUGGAGCUUCAAGAGCUCCGGUACAGUACAAAGCUUGCUGAACAAGGUUUGCCCGGAGAACUUGGCGUUGAUCGUGGAGAAGAUCGCAGCAGUUGAGGUUGAGGGCCGCGAGCAGCUGGAAGCCAUCAUCGAGCUGAUCUUCAAGAAGGCGGUGACGGAGCCCCAUUACAGUGAGACCUAUGCAGAUCUGGUGUUCAGCUUGAAGUCGGAGUUCCCGGACUUCCCGGAUGCUUCUGGGGGCAAGCCGGUCACAUUCCGCAGCUUGGUGCUGAAUAUUUGCCAGAACGAGUUUGAGGAGCUUCUGUCCGCCGCGGAAACCCCCGAGCAGUCGGCGGAGUGCACUGCAGAAGAGAAGGAUGUUCUCGCGAAGAAGAGGAAGGAACGGAUGUGCGCAAAUAUGAAGUUCGUGGGCCACUUGUACCUUCGCCAGCUCCUGUCGACCAAAGUGGUCGGUUCAAUCAUUUGCGAGCUGGUUUGUCUCGAAGAUGACGACGCGUUCCCAGAAGAGCAUGCGCUUGAAUGCGCCUGCGAGCUUCUUCUGACUGCUGGUUACACGAUGGACACUGUGCCAGCGGGGCAGGGCGCGCUAGACCUGUCCUGCAAGAGGCUGCAGGACCUGAAGUCUCGAAAGGAGAACGGAAAGAGCAGGUAUUGCAAACGGAUCCAGUUCAUGAUCCAGGAUGUUCUGGAGACAAGGGCAGCUGGGUGGACGAAGAAGGUCUUCAAGGCCACAGCCAAGACGAAAGAAGAGCUGCGCCUCUCGCAACAGCGUGAGAUGAGCGAGCGAGCUUGUGGAAAAGAGGCUUCCAUUGCGGAGCACAUCGUCACAGGCAAGCGGCCGGUGUACCUGGCAGCAGAAAGCUGA